AACAAAUUCCCAUUUGAUUUCAUCCUAUUGUCAUUAGUGUAAUUGCUGUUUACUUGUGAAAUAAUGCAAAACACUUAUUCCAGUUAUUACAAUGAAUAUCUGCGUUCAUUUAUUGAAAAUGUUACUCAACGCAAUAUUUACACAGAAAACUUGAAAUCCACAUCCGAACAGUUGAAUUCGAACGCCUUAUUGAGCAAUUUAGCAUUAUGGAAUUUAUUUUUUGAUGGUUUCCCUAGUAAUUCCUCAAGACAGAAGGAUCCUACACAACAAUAUCAAGUCAAUGAUGAUUAUUAUCGUAAUAAUGAUAAAUCAAUAUCUACACAAGACAUGAUAUCGACUAAUUCAACAAAACCAAUUGACUUAUCAGUAUUGUCGACAGACAUAAAUUCAAGAGCGAAUAUGCAACAGUGUGAAACUGUCUAUCAGACACCGACGAAAAUAAACGAAUCGUUAACUGUAAAUCCUUAUUUAAACUAUUACUACCAUCCGAAGAAUAUUUCAUCGAUAUUGAAUACGCUGAACGGUUUAUUAAGCAUGACAAAUCCUUAUAUGGAAUCAGUUCACCAAUUGUCUGUGAUUAAUGAUUUGAACACAUCACAACCCAAAUUUUCUGUGAAUCCAACUCUAUGUUCUAAUGAACGUGAUAAAGACAAUGACAUUAAAGAUUCUGUGAUUAAUGUUUCGCAAGAUGACACAUUAAAUGCAUCGACACGAUGGGUUAAAAAGCCAAAAUUUUCAAUUUUAGAAUUAAUUAAUACAUCAAAAGAUGAAGUCGAUUGCUCUGUACCUGACCAAGGUACUAAAGUUUCUGGUACUAAAAAAUCAGGGAAUAAUACAAGAAAUAAGCUUUUAAAGUGUCACUUAUGUAAUCACACCUCUUCUACACAAAGUAACUUAUUAAAACAUACAAAUAGUUUGCACAACACCCAACGUUUGAGGCAGUCAAAUUCACUAGGUGUCCCAUUAACCUCAUCAUCAUUACACGUAACAGAAAGUAAUGAACCAGUGAUUUAUGAGAAUAAAAAUGGUAAAGUAUUUCAAAAUUUGUAUAAUACGAAUAAAUCACGAAAUGUUUUGUUAAAUACUACUGACAUUAGUUCAUCAACAGGAGUUGGUGUAAUGUCUUCAAUCUCUAAAAGUAGUAAAAAUGAUUACAAUAAUGACUAUUCAAAUCAAAUGAAUCCUACAAUAACCGCAACAACAACUGUAACAUCUGCUGUAUCAAACCAUCACUAUGGUCAUCCAUAUUUCUGUCAUUUAUGUAAUAAAGUCUAUUAUUCCGUGUCUGCGUUAAAAAUGCAUGUACGUACGCAUACAUUGCCUUGUAAAUGUAAUUUAUGCGGCAAAGCAUUUUCACGGAUGUGGCUAUUAAAUGGACAUUUAAGAACUCAUACAGGUGAAAAACCAUUUGCUUGUAUAAUAUGCACAAGAGCAUUCGCUGACAGAUCUAAUUUAAGAGCACAUAUGCAAACCCAUUCUGAAGUAAAACGUUAUCAAUGCAUACAUUGUGAUAGGACAUUUUCACGUAUGGGCCUAUUAACUAAACAUCAAACUACUUCAUGUCUUCAACAAAUGAAAAAACCAACAAAAUCACGAAAUAUGAAUAAAACUACUGAAUAUAUAUUUGAUAAUAAAAUUAAACCUGAAUCGAAACAAUUAAGACAUGUUUAUUAAAACAAAAGAAAAUGUAAAGCAAAUCAUUCUUAGUGCAAUAUUUAUCAUUUAUUCAGUAUUUAUUUGUAUUAUGUAUUUAAAGUUGAUGUCAGCUAAAAAGAAAU